AUGCUACGUAUGUCAACUUCAAGAUUCAUUGGGCAAAGGCUGUUCACUACGGCACGAUCUCUCCAGGCUGCUAAACCGGCACCAAAAGGUAAAACUCAAGGAUUUUCCAAAAAAUCAUCUUCAGUCUCAUCUUACUCAUCUGCAAAGAGAGUUACUCCUGGUUCAUUGUAUAAAAACUGGACAAACACCACGCACACCGCUCAAUUACAACAGACCGCCGUUCCUUUGGCAUUACCUAUCUUCAACUUUGAUGAUAUUUCCAAGACUUUGAAUAAAGUAGUAUCAUAUUCCAACAAACAGUACAAAUCCCUUCACCAUUUGGGUUCCUUCAAGAAGUCGCAGUUCAAUGAACUUUUUCAAAAACCGGUUUGUCUAGUUCGUGAAGAUGCAACGAAUAGCUUUUUGAAGAAACUAGUAUCUCAUCCUGUUAAAAAAUUUAUAAUCACUGGAGAGCCAGGGGUCGGGAAAACUGUACUACUCUCUCAAGCGCAUGCAUAUGCAGUUGAUUCCAAGCAAAUCAUUAUUAACAUAUCAUAUCCUGAAUUAUUCCUGAACGGUAGGAAUGACUUUUCUUAUGAUGAUGAUUUAAAGCUUUUCAUCCAACCGAUGUAUUUGAAAAAGCUUAUAAGGAAAAUAUUGAAGGCAAAUGACCCUGCAUUGUUAAAAUCUAUUGAGCUAUCCAAAGACUACAAGUUCUCGAAUGCAAACCCAAAGAAUGCCUCUGUAAAACCAUUUGUCACAUUAAACAAAACGAAAAAUACAGUUUUAGAUUUGUUAUCCGUAAUGACCCACCCGCAUAAUCGUGGAAAACUAAUGAAAGCCAUUAUUGAUGAGUUAUCUGUCCAAUCCAAGGUGCCAAUCAUGUUUACAGUGGAUAAUUUUUCAAAAGUGUUAACUACUGCAUAUUCUGCGUACAGAAAUACAGAGAAUAAACAAAUAUAUUCCCUGGAUUUACAAAUGGGUAAAUUGAUGAUGGACAUUAUUUCAGGAGAGACGAAAUUUGCUAAUGGUGAGAGUUCUACUAUAUUAGCUAUAUCCGGCGUUGACAGGACAAACAAAACUUUACCCGUGGCAUUGGGCAAGAUCCCAGUAGACCCCUAUGUUACUAGAUAUCACUAUGAACCGAAGUUCGUAGAAUUGCUCCAAAAAGGUAAUGUCACCGAAUUCGAGGUUCCUAAACUGAACAAACAGGAAGUUAACGAACUAAUCGAUUACUACAAACAAUCAAAUGUUUUAUUAGACAAGGAUAUCACAGGAAAAAAGUGGGAGAACUUGAUUGACGAAAAAUAUUUCCUAAGUGGUAACGGUAACCCAAGAGAAUUAUUGAAAAGUUUAGUCCUUUCCCAUAGGUGA